AAAAUCAUGGAGUCUUCCAAGCCCUUCAUGAGACAGCCGCCAAUCACACCAGGCUACAGUGGCUUCAUCCCGUACCUGAGCUGCGAGGGAACCUCCGCUGAGGACCGCAUGGGCCAGUGUCUGCAAGCCUUCCAGGAGAAGACGCAGCGCUACAAAGACCAGCUGGAGGAAUUACGCUGCUCCGUGGCCACUGCCCCGAGGCUGAAGCCCAUCUGCUCAGAGGAGACAGUCCUGCGGGCACUGCACCAGUACUAUCGGCAGCAUCACCCCCUCAGUCUGGAAUGCAAAGUCAUGAAGAAACCUCUCCAGGAGCCCCCGAUCCCCGGCUGGGCGGGCUACCUGCCAAGAGCCAGGGUCACUGAGUUAGGCUGCGCCACACGGUACACCGUCAUGGCCAGAAACUGCUACAAGGACUUCCUGGACAUCCUGGAGCAGGCCAAGAGGGCACCUCUGAAACCAUACGAGGAAAUAUAUGGAGUUAGGUCCACGCAACCUCCUCCUGCUCCUCCUUCAAGAGUUUUGCACCGUGAAGGGUUGCUGCCAAAAUACCCGGACUUUUCUGUUCCAGAUGGAAGCUGUCCCGUCCUUGCAAAACCCCUGAGAGAGGACCCCAGACCCCCAGCGCCGUCUGGCAGUGUCCAGACACCACGCAGCAGCGCAAAGGUUUAUCUGGAGCCACUGUCCUCCGCCAAGGAUGCAGAAGGCUAAUGCGGAGAGCCUCCUAAGGGGCUGACCUCUAGGGGGCGCUCCCAAACUUGCCAUUCUUACGAGAGCACCAGCCCCUCACCCAUGCCCCAAGAGGCACUUUGGGACAUUUCCUAACUUAAGAAUUUUUUUUUUUUACAGACACCAGCACGCUAGCUGGUUAGCAAUAGCAUGC